UAAGAAGCUUUAUGAUCCCAGCUUUAUAUUCACUAACAUUUAUUUCUUACCAAACUGAUUAUAGCAUACCAACAUUAUUUUUUUAGAUAUAAAUGAAGCAUCAGAAUUAAUUUCCUAUGAUUAUUUCUUGUCGAUGUAUUCUGUCUGAAUAACAUCAUUUACAUUCAGGUCUCUGAUUUUGUACUUUACUUUUUUGUACUGUUUGGAUAUAUCAAACAAAAUCAUUUUAAUAGAAAAUAUUGUUUACUCACUAUCUUUUGGCUUAGUCCUUGAUUUAUCAGGGGUCGCCACAGUGGGAAAAUAUUAUUUAAUAUAAGUGUGCAUGGGUGUUCAAUCUAUUUCCUGAAACAACUGUAUACUCUAAGCAUUCUGUCAAAGCAUGUCUACAGUAGAUUCUGAUUAAGCUACACUGAGCAACAUUAAUGAUGUUCCUGCAUGUGCUGCUUCUCUUCUGUGCUUCUCCUCCUUCAGCUGCUGAAGGCCGACUGAGACAGUUCUACAGGCUGAAUAAUAAGACUAAUGUAUCUGUUGCUGAGAGUUUAUGCAGAGUAAACUACACUGACCUCGUCACAGUUUAUGACCAACAAGACAAUAAUAAACUACUGCAACUGCUUAAGAACAGCAGCUCUCAACAAGGCUGGAUUGGUGUUUAUAGAGGAAACUACAGUCUAAAGUGGUCAAAUGGUGAUGAAGUUUCAUACAGCAGAUAUUCUCCAAGCCAUUCUGAUCAAACUCGCUGUGCUGCUAUGAAUGCUGUUGGAGAUUGGGAAUCUAUUCUAUGCACAGAGACAAAACACUUCAUGUGCUAUGAACAAGAUGGAGCUGGAGCAUCAUCAUAUAUCUACACAUUAAUCCCUCAAAAUAAAAGCUGGUUUGAUGCUCAGCUUUACUGCAAAGAAAAUCACACUGAUUUAGUCUCUAUCAGAAAUCAGGAGGAAAAUACCCUGGUGCUGACCAAACAAGAUCAGAGUAAUACUCCUUUCUGGAUCGGCCUGCUGAAUGACAGUGUGGACUGGAGUGAUGGAGGACGAUCUGCUUACAGAAACUGGUUUCAGAACACUGAUCAGAGCAAGACUUAUGUUUACAUGAUUUUCACUGAUGGGCGUUGGAUAAAGAUCAAUGACGGGCAGUUCAAUCCUCUGUGUUACAAGAGCUUCAUUCAUGUGAGUCCUGCUGAAAUGUCCUGGGAAGAUGCUAUGAAUUACUGCAGCGCUCACUUUUCUAGAGCGCUGUGUCUGGAGUCUGAGAACGAUCAGACAGAAACGCAGCGAGAGUUAAACAGAAAUAAUAUCUCUGCUCCAGUUUGGGUGGGUCUCAGACAGAGUCGACUUUUUGGAUUCUGGAUUUGGAUCAAUGGUCUUGAAGUGGGAAACUGGACAAACUGGAAAGGAGGAAUGGCUCCUGAAGCUGCGCUUUCUCAACACUGCGCUGCCAUGGAGAAGGUGAACGGACAAUACACACUGACUGAUAAAGACUGCAGGUCUACAUUCAGAGUUGUGUGUGAGACGCAGUAAUUUACCACUCUUUACCGCCUUUUCCUUUAUUGAACAGUUUUCAGGAGCUCCUGCUGUUAAUAGUGAACAGCUCAAUCAUUUGUGUCUUUAAAAUUACAUUCGCAGUUAGCAUUAACCUCUAUAGCAGCUAGAUCAGAAAAUAUGAUGUUUGAUGAUUUUCUUUGACUGAUCUUGUUUACUUUUCUGGUUCAUUUUCAUUUAUUGUGUCAAUUCACUUCAAUUUGCUACAGUUUACUGUAAAGCUUUAGGCUUUGUGCUAAAAGUGAAUAUUAUAGGUUGUUAAUAAAUAUAAUGCACAUUACUUUCUAUUUCUGCUAAUAUUUUAUUA